CGUAAUUAUAUCCAGGCUAUUGGUAUCGACAAUAUUGGGCGACAAAAACUGCUGGGAGCGAUUCGAUGUUUGUUGGAGAAUAUACCGGCUAAAGAUGAACUGUUACGAUGUCAAGUGGAGCUGAACGUGAAGCGCAAUGAACUGGCACGGCUACAAAAACGGGCCAAGAUCACUAAAGAACUCUUCGAAAUGGUGGAUCUCACAAAACAACGAAUGACCACUCUGCGAAAAAGGUUAAGACCGUGCGCCAGUCCAUCGCUGUUGCAAAUGGCUACUGAGAUGGAGAGCAUACUGAAUGAUGUUAUCAUUGCGAUUCAUCAGGCCGAACCUUGUACUCCUUCUAAAGUCAACCGGGCUAUUCCUCAACAUUAUGUUGCACGUCGACCGUCAAUAUCGCCUUUGAGAAUCCAGCAACGACGAGUCUGGGACCACUGUGGUGACGAUAAACAUGAGAUGCUAUUAAAUAUAUCAGCUCCACAUGACAAUAGUAUAAGCAUUGUGAAUUUUGGAUUGUUCGCAAAGUUUGAGGAGAACCAAACUUCGACGCCUAUAAAACCAAAAUCAAAAACAAUCAAGGACAACCAAAAUAUUAAGCCUUCAGAAUGGAAGACAGGUUUUAGGCCAUUUGAGCGAAUAAACCGUCUGAAUGAACGAAAAAUUGUGGGCUCUUUGAGCCAUUUGGAAAAGGAUAGUUAA